CACCAAACUACACCCAUGUUAUAACAGCCAAACUCACAAUCGACUGCUUAUGUCUUUGUGUAUCUUUCUCUAGCUUUCUUCCAAUAUCUUCUAUACAACCUUCUUUUUGCAGCUCUGAUUAAAGUGAAAUCCAACACUCUUGAAGAUGGUUGAGGCCUUUGUGUCAUUUGCAGUAGAAAAAUUGGGAGAUUUCUUCAUACGGGAAGUUUCCUUUUGUUUAAGUCUAGGAGAGGAUGUGCUGUGGCUGCGAAAUGAGCUGCUGCUCUUUAUGCAGUCUUUCCUCAACGAUGCAGAGGAAAAGCAAAGUGAAGAUCAAAGAGUUCAACAGUGGGUGUUUGAAAUCAAUUCUGUUGCCAAUGAUGCUGUCGCUAUACUGGAGACUUAUAACUUCGAGGCUGGUAAAGGUGAUGACGAUAGAUUUGCUAGUUGUCUGAAGGCUUGCACUUGCAUAUGUAGGAAGGAGGCCAAAUUCUACAAUGUCAGCAAGGAGAUCCAAUCACUCAAGCAGCGUAUCAUGGAUAUCUCUCGCAAACGAGAGACUUAUGGUAUUAGAGAUAUCAAUAAUACAGGAGAAAGACCGAGAAAUCGGCCAAACAAUCGGUCAGCCAUGGCUAGAACAUUGAGGAGAACUACCUCUUAUGUAGAUGAGGAGCAGAUUUUUGUUGGCUUUCAAGAUGUUGUAGAAAGACUGCUAGCUGAACUUCUCAAAGCAGAACCUCGUCGAAGCGUCAUCUCCAUUUACGGUAUGGGAGGAGUAGAAGAUCGUGUGAUUUAUGCUGAAAACAUUAUGUGGUUGUGGAUGGCUGAGGGUUUCAUACCAAACGGAGAAGAAAGUGCAGAGGAUGUCGCUGAAGACUUCUUGAAUGGGCUGAUAAGACGAAGCUUGAUAAAAGUGGUAGAUUCAUUUUGGGAAAAAGUUAUUAAAUGUAGGAUUCAUGAUCUACUUCGGGAUCUUGCCGUACAAAAGGCAUUGGAGGUGUUGUACUUGGAUAUUCGUGGUGUCACUAUACCUAUAGAACCUGAUGCCAUAGGAAGUUUGUACCACCUCAAGUUCUUAAGCUUGACAGGUUGCAGAGGAAGAGUGAUGGGGGAGAUUUGUUUUUCAUCUGGAUGCUAUAGUGUAGUUAGCUGUAGAGCCUAAUCAGCUUCUUCAUUAGAAUGCUAUCAUACGACUAAAGGAAAAGAAGACGCAUACUCUGGAAGCACUCAAUUGUUCAGUUUCAGUUCCUGUUCUAUUUCUUUGCAAUAUGAAAGUUGGAGUCUCUGACAUCUUGCACCAACAUUAAUUCCUCUGAUAUUGGAACAGGCCAUGGUCCAUCUAGUAUUUGUAUACUCUAGCAUAUAAUACAAUUGCGUACACUUCUGGGCAGAGCCCGAAUUACAUACUGGAAGUAAACAAAGUAACACCACUAUGAUCAUAUAUGGUUUCUGUGAAUUGACUUGGUAAUUGAGGAGACAUCAUUAUUCCUCAGGAAAAGCAGGUUUCAUAGAAAAUACGAUACAGGGAGUAUGAACAGAACGUGCGAUAGCAGCAGACUAAUAACUUUGCGAAUGCGCAGUUACUGUACUUAAUUUUAACCAAUUUUUUAAA